AUGCCUACCGAAAUCGAAGCAGCUGAUAUAGCCAAACCUGCCGACGGCACUCAGGAAGAUAAAACCGAGAAACUGCAGAAAGAUCUUGAACAUGAGCCUUCACCGAAAAAAAAUGAUUUAGAGACUGGUGAAUCAGAAAACCUGAUGGAAAAGAAGAGAGAUGCGGAGGACGCGGCAUCGAAGAACAAAGACAGACUUCAGAGAUUCAAGGCGCUCCAGGCGAGAGCAAAAACUGCAGCGAAAAGUAAUUUGAAAGAGACUGCGGCAGAAGCACAUCGUCUCUCCGUGGAUCCCAACGCCUUAUCUUCCAUAUCACGCAAACAUGCCUUUGCAUCACACAGCUUGUUAAAAGCAGACAUAGAAGCUGCUGGUGAAGAUUUCGAGCGGAAACGAGCCUGGGACUGGACUGCUGAAGAGUCCGAAAAGUGGGAUAGGAGAAUGGAUAAGAAGCAAAAACAUCGGGACAAUGUUGCAUUUCAAGAUUACCGUCAGGAUGCCCACAAGAACUAUAAGAGACAACUUCGACGAAUGCAGCCGGACUUGGAUGCGUAUGAAAACGAGAAAGCAGCCGCAGUUCAACGCGCAGCCGCAAAUGGCGGACUUGAGCUAGCUGAAGACGAAAACGGAGACAUCGUCGCUAUCGACAAGAACGGUGCAUUUUACUCCACUGCGGAUUCAACAGACUUCGUGGAGAACAGACCAGACAGGGCAGCUAUCGAUAGACUAGUUGCCGAUAUGCAGAAGGCCGAGGAAACCCGCCUUAAGAAGCGCAGGGAGCGUGGCCAGGGCGACGAUGAAGCCGAUGUUACCUACAUCAACGACAAGAACAAGCGGUUCAACCAAAAACUGGCAAGAUUUUACAACAAGUACACUGCCGAGAUUCGUGACAGUUUUGAAAGAGGAACGAUGAUAUAA